AUGGAUGAUGAGGAUGGGAGAUGCUUACUAGACGUGAUUUGUGACCCUCAGGCCCUCAAUGACUUCUUACAUGGAUCUGAGAAGCUUGACAGUGAUGACCUCCUGGAUAAUCCCGGGGAGGCCCAAAGUGCCUUCUAUGAAGGUCCUGGGCUCCACGUGCAAGAAGCUUCUGGCAACCACUUGAACCCAGAACCCAGCCAGCCGGCCCCCAGCGUGGACCUCGACUUCCUGGAAGAUGAUAUCCUGGGCUCACCGGCGGCAGGGGGCGGGGGCGGCGGGGGCGCCGACCAGCCCUGUGACAUCCUCCAGCAGAGCCUCCAGGAGGCCAACAUCACCGAGCAGACACUCGAAGCCGAGGCCGAGCUGGACCUGGGCCCCUUCCAGCUGCCCACGCUGCAGCCUGCGGAUGGCGGGGCUGGCCCAGCGGGGACCGGAGCAGCUGCCGCCGUGGCCACGGGGCCCCAGGCCCUCUUCCCGGGUGGGGCUGACCUGCUGGGGCUGCAGGCCCCGCCCACCGUGCUGACCCACCAGGCCCUGGUGCCGCCCCAGGAUGUGGUCAGUAAAGCCCUCAGUGUCCAGCCCUUCCUGCAGCCCGUGGGCCUGGGCAACGUGACCCUGCAGCCCAUCCCAGGCCUUCAGGGCCUGCCCAAUGGCAGCCCCGGGGGCGCCGCGGCGGCUACUCUCGGCCUGGCUCCCAUCCAGGUGGUGGGCCAGCCCGUCAUGGCGCUCAACCCACCCACCUCCCAGCUCCUGGCCAAGCAGGUGCCCGUCAGCGGUUAUCUGGCCUCGGCAGCUGGCCCUUCAGAGCCAGUGACCCUGGCAUCGGCCGGCGUCUCGCCGCAGGGGGCUGGCCUGGUCAUCCAGAAGAACCUCCCUGCUGCCGUGGCCACCACGCUCAACGGGAACUCGGUGUUCGGAGGGGCGGGAGCUGCCACGGCCGCGGCCAGCGGGGCGCCCUCGGGACAGCCGCUGGCGGUGGCCCCGGGCCUCGGCACGUCACCACUGGUUCCGGCGCCCAACGUGAUCCUGCACCGCACGCCCACGCCCAUCCAGCCCAAGCCUGCCGGCGUGCUCCCCCCCAAGCUCUACCAGCUGACACCCAAGCCGUUCGCCCCCGCGGGCGCCACGCUCACCAUCCAGGGCGAGGCAGGGGGCCUCCCACAGCAGCCCAAGGCCCCCCAGAACCUGACUUUCAUGGCGGCAGGCAAGGCCGGCCAGAACGUGGUGCUGUCAGGCUUCCCGGCGCCCGCCCUGCAGACGAACGUCUUCAAGCAGCCGCCCGCCACCACCACGGGCGCGGCCCCGCCGCAACCCCCCGGGGCCCUGAGCAAGCCCAUGAGCGUGCACCUCCUGAAUCAAGGCAGCAGUAUCGUCAUCCCCGCCCAGCACAUGCUGCCAGGCCAGAACCAGUUCUUGCUGCCCGGCACGUCGGCAGUCCAGCUCCCCCAGCCGCUCUCGGCCCUGCCGGCCAACGUGGGCGGGCAGAUCCUGGCGGCUGCAGCCCCCCAUGCGGGCGGACAACUCAUCGCCAACCCCAUCCUCACCAACCAGAACCUGGCGGGCCCGCUGAGCCUGGGCCCUGUGCUGGCCCCCCACUCUGGGGCCCACAGCGCAGCCCACAUCCUCUCGGCAGCUCCCAUCCAGGUGGGCCAGCCAGCGCUCUUCCAGAUGCCCGUGUCGCUGGCCGCGGGCAGCCUGCCCACACAGAGCCAGCCGGCACCCACUGGCCCCGCCGCCACUACCGUCCUCCAGGGGGUCACUCUGCCCCCCAGCGCCGUGGCUAUGCUCAACGCCCCCGACGGUCUGGUGCAGCCCGCCACCCCAGCCGCCGCCUCCGCUGGGGAGGCCGCGCCUGUCCUCGCAGUGCAGACGGCGCCCCAGGCGUCCCCCGCGGUCAGCACGCCGCUGCCUCUGGGCCUCCAGCAGCCACAGGCACAGCAACAGCAGCAGCCCGCACAGGGCCCCGCCCCGCAGGCCGCCCCAGCUCAGGCCUCCACCCCCCAGCCCAGCCCAGGCCUGGCGUCCAGCCCGGAGAAGAUUGUCCUGGGGCAGCCGCCCUCUGCCCCCACCACGGCCAUCCUCACUCAGGACUCCCUGCAGAUGUUCCUGCCCCAGGAGAGGAGCCAGCAGCCCCUCUCCACAGAGGGCCCCCACCUCUCCGUGCCCGCCUCGGUCAUAGUCAGCGCCCCGCCUCCCGCCCAAGACCCAGCCCUGACCACCCCCGUCACCAAAGGAGCUGGCCUUGGCCCUCAGGCCCCCGACAGCCAGGCCUCCCCGGCGCCGGCCCCCCAGUCCCCAGCCGUGCGCUCCUCGGCCAUCAGCCCCCCGCCCCAGUACGCAGCCACAGUGUCUGUGCUGCUAUCUGUUUUCCUGGCUGGCGUAGUGCCCCCGCCGCCGCCACUGCUUCCUACGCUGCUACCCCCAAAGCCUGCAGAGCUCGCCUUCAUCUGGGGGGACUGGGGGGGGCACAUGGGGAGGGGUCUCCAGUCCCCCCCUGGCCAGGGGCCCCACAAGUCCCCCACGCCCCCUCCGACCCUCCACCUGGUCCCCGAGCCCGCCGCGCCCCCCGCCCCGCCUCCUCGGACCUUCCAGAUGGUGGCCACCCCCUUCCCGGCGCUGCCCCAGCCGAAGGCUCUUCUCGAGAGAUUUCACCAGGUGCCGUCCGGAAUCAUUCUCCAGAGCAAGGCUGUGGGCGCCCCCGCCGCCCCGCAGACCUCCGCCAGCCUGGGGCCCCUCGGCAGCCCCACCGCCUCCGGGCUGGUCAGCGGGCAGGCCCCAUCUGGGACCUCCACCGCCCCCAGCCAUGCCCCGGCCCCGGCUCCCGUGGCCACUGCAGGCCUCCCUCCUCUGCUUCCCGCCGAGAGCAAAGCCUUUGCCAGCAACCUCCCGACCCUGACUGUGGCCAAGGCCACUGCAUCUGGGCCAGGGAAGUCCUCCGGGCUGCAGUAUGAGAGCAAGUUGAGCAGCCUGAGGAAACCACCUACCCUUCAGCCCAGCAAAGAAGCCUGCUUCCUGGAGCAUUUGCACAAACAUCAGGGCUCCGUCCUGCACCCUGACUACAAGACGGCCUUCCCCUCCUUUGAGGACGCCCUGCAUCGCCUCCUGCCCUACCACGUCUACCAGGGUGCCCUCCCCUCCCCCAACGACUACCACAAAGUGGACGAGGAGUUUGAGACGGUCUCCACGCAGCUGCUGAAACGCACCCAGGCCAUGCUCAAUAAAUACCGCCUCCUGCUCUUGGAGGAGUCCCGGAGGGUGAGCCCCUCAGCGGAGAUGGUAAUGAUCGACCGAAUGUUCAUUCAGGAGGAAAAGACCACGCUGGCCUUGGACAAACAGCUGGCCAAGGAGAAGCCUGAUGAGUAUGUGUCUUCCUCGCGCUCUCUCGGCCUCCCCCUCGCCGCCUCUUCCGAGGGACACCGGCUCCCCAGUCACGGCCCAUCACCGUCCUCAGCGUCUGGGGCCCCGACCCAACCCCCUCUGCACCUGCCCACCAAGCUGGUGAUCCGGCACGGUGGGGCGGGCGGCUCCCCUUCCGUGAGCUGGGCCCGGGCGUCCUCCUCCUCCCUGUCCUCGUCCGCCUUGUCCUCCGCUGCCUCCUCCCUGGACGCCGACGAGGAUGGCCCGAUGCCCUCCCGUAACCGCCCGCCCAUCAAGACCUAUGAGGCCCGGAGCCGCAUUGGCCUCAAGCUCAAGAUCAAACAGGAAGCCGGACUCAGCAAGGUCGUCCACAACACAGCCCUGGACCCGGUGCACCAGACCCCGCCGCCACCCCCCGCCGCCCUCAAGGCGGCCGAGCCCCCGCCCCGGCCCCCGCCGCCGCCCCCUGCCACCGGCCAGAUGAACGGCACAGUAGACCACCCGCCGCCGCCGCCGCCGCCGCCGCCGCCGCCCCCCCACUGCCCCCGCCUGCCCCUCCGCAAGACCUACCGCGAGAACGUGGAGGCCUCGGGCGGCGGGGUGGCCGAGGGGGCGGCGGCGGGCAGAGCCCGGGGUGGCAGCCCGGCCCCGCUGCCCACCAAAGUGGACGAGGCCACCAGCGGGCUCAUCCGCGAGCUGGCGGCAGUGGAGGACGAGCUGUACCAGCGCAUGCUGAAGGGCACCCCGGCCGAACCCGCGGCCGGCGCCGGGCAGGGCAGCGGCAGCCGGGAGCCCGGCUGGGAGGCGCCCCCGCUGCCCCCGGCCAAGCGGCGCAAGUCCGAGUCGCCCGACGUGGACCAGGCCAGCUUCUCCAGCGACAGCCCGCAGGACGACACGCUCACGGAACACCUCCAGAGCGCCAUCGACAGCAUCCUGAACCUCCAACAGGCCCCCGGCCGGACGCCCGCUCCCCCGUACCCACACGCCGCCCCGGCGGCGGUCACGCCUGCCCCCCCGACGCCCCUGCACAGGCCGGAGGCCUAUCCGCCCUCCAGUCACAACGGUGGCCUCGGCGCCAGGACGUUGAACAGAUAA